UUGCAACGAUUGUCAGCCUGGCUAUUUCGGUAUAUUUUGUUUUGAACAUUGUCCUCCACAUUGUUUAUCAGGUGAGUGCUUGAGAAAUGGAAGUUGCUAUUCCUGCUUACCUGGGUUUUACGGACCAAAGUGUGACAGACCUUGCCUCAAAUAUUGUCAAACCUGUACAGAUAGAUUCUCGUGCAAGUCAUGUGAAGAUGGACUGUAUGGCAAUAAAUGCAAAUCGGAGUGUAAUAUAAAAUGUCAAACUUGUGAUAGUUCUAGUGGUCCAAUUAAUGAAUGUUUAUCGUGCAAAAAAGGUAGUUACGGACGAAAUAAAAGCAGUGGGUUUUAUCACUGCAGCAUACGCUGCUCUAGAAACUGUAUGAAAACAAUAUGUAAAUCUGACUAUGGGACAUGUGAAUACGGCUGCAAACGGGGCUAUUGGGGAGAACGGUGCCUGUUUGAGUGUCCAGCAAAUUGUCUUCACAGCGACUGUCACAGCGAUAAUGGAACUUGUAGGCAUGGGUGUGAGUCGGGAUUUUAUGGCUCCUCGUGUCUUUCUGAAUGUAAAAUACAAGAUGCCAUGUGCACUGACUGCAUAACAACAUGUGAUAGAAAGUAUGGCGGAUGCAUUUCUUGUGUUAAUGGUUAUUUUCCAGACUUGGAUCAUAUUACCAAUACGCGUUGCUCGGAAUGCAAAAAGACAUGUAUUGAUCAGAAAUGUGAUACCAAAAUGGGGGUUUGCCUUAUGGGAUGUGUAAAUGGUACAUGGGGUGAACGAUGCGAGAAACAAUGCUCUGAAAGUUGCUUGGUUUGUGAUAAGCAAACCGGACUCUGCGAACGUUGCGUACAUCCCGCUAUAUAUGGUCCUCGCUGUGAUUUGGUGUGCAAUAGUAAUUGCGUAAAGAAGGAAUGCGACUGGUCAACGGGAAUAUGUAGCUUGGGGUGUGAAGUUGGCUAUUACGGAAAUAAAUGCCAUAAUUCGUGCAGCUUUACUUGUCUCAACAGAACAUGUGACAGAGAAACUGGCUCAUGUGUCAAUGGGUGUAUAAAAGACUUCGAGGGAGAUUCAUGCUUACAAGAAAGAAGAUAUGGAACUGAUUCUGAUUCGACCAGUCCUGUUGGUACCAUUGUUGUGGUGGUUUCUGUAACUGUCCUUAUCAUCUAUGCAGCUGUUACUACUGUUAUAUUGGUCACAAAAUGACAUAAAGCGAAACGAAAGGAAGUUACUCUGCGUUUAAGGGGUGCAGUUGAGUAUAAUCAAAACAGAGCAGCUUGUAGAAUUAAAGAGGACUCAGCUCAUAUCUACGAAGAGCCAAUUGAACAUAUCUACGAUGAGCCAACUGAAGACCAGACUGAAGAAGGACCGUCAGAGAAAUUCAUACGAGGUCCAGUCAGUCAGGAAGGCAAUAAAAAAGGCAGUUACAUGUAUAUUCAUACGAUAUAUUCUAUUUCCCAAAACAGCAAUCGAUAACAAAAAAGUGUCGUCUGCUUGUAUUGAUAAAAGCGUAUCUGAUACUUUGUAUGAAAGUUAGAUAUUGACGUAACGGUUUUUUCUCCAUUUCAAAUUGGAAACACAUUACACUUUGGAAUAUAAAUGCAGAAGGCUUUAUACUCAUAACGUAUUUUGUGUAUCUAUUUUAUCAAUAAAACAAAAGAAAAGC